ACUGUUGCAGCGGGAAUGUUGAAUCUGGCAGUCGCGCUUUGUCGACCCAAGGACGACCUUUUUCCCUUCGAAGCAAUUCGUGUGACUAAGAUCUUGUGUGUGAUAUUCAGCACUGGCUCUGUGAUAGCUUGUCUUUGCUCCUCUGGUUUCUCCGGCAUCCAUUUGGUUCUGCAGCUCGACUUUAACUGCAUAGAAAUCGCCACCACUGAUGCUGCUCCACCCGUGGACAGGAUUUCUUCAAUUCUCGAUUCCUCCCUUGACCACGAAGACGUUUCUCGCGAUUACGACGAAAUCCGAGUCACGUCAUCAUCAUCUGUCAGACCGUCAGUGCUUCCGAGUGACAAACAUUACGCUGCA